AUGUCCUACAACGACUACCCCGCCUCCCCCAACUCCCCGGGCGGCAUGUCCACCCGGCGGCUCACGAACAGGAACACGAACCGCUACAGCGUUACCGCCCUCUUCAGCAUGGCGGCUGAGCAGGACGUCGAGGUUGAGGACGAGCUCGGACGGGCACAAAAGCGACUUAGGGAGCUGAAGGCCCGGAUAUCCGCGCAGUCCAAGCGCAACUUCGUUCUUGAGCGCGAUGUCCGUUUCCUAGACUCCCGCAUCGGUCUGCUCAUCCAGAACCGUAUGGCCCUCGAUGAGCAAAACGAAGUCGAGAAGCACUUGGAGGAAGUCGACGCAACGGAGGGCCACUACCCCGACGACCGCAAGCUACAGCAGUACUCGAACCUCUUCUUCCUGCUCCAGUCUGAGCCUCGGCAUAUCGCGUCCCUGUGUCGCCUCGUCAGCUUGACUGAGAUCGACACGCUCCUGCAAACGGUUAUGUUCACGCUCUACGGUAACCAGUACGAGAGCCGAGAAGAGCAUCUGCUCCUCACGAUGUUCCAGUCCGUGCUUUCCUCCCAGUUCGAGACCGCCACGGAAUUCGGUUCGCUCCUACGUGCAAACACGCCGGUUUCGCGGAUGAUGACCACCUACACUCGCCGUGGACCUGGUCAGAGCUACCUGAAGAGCGUGCUCGCCGAGCGCAUCAACAGUCUCAUCGAGCACAAGGACCUCAACCUGGAGAUCAACCCUGUCAAGGUCUAUGAGCAGAUGAUUCAGCAGAUCGAGGAAGAGACCGGUUCUCUGCCCCCGAAUCUCCCCCGUGGAGUGGCCCCUGAGGUCGCUGCGGCCAACGGAGAUGUCCAGGCCAUCAUCGCCCCUCGACUGACGAUGCUCAUGGAGAUAGCCAACAGUUUCCUGUUGACUAUAAUCGACAGCAUGGAGAGCGUGCCGUACGGUAUUCGGUGGAUAUGCAAGCAGAUCCGGAGUCUCACAAGGAGAAAGUACCCGGAUGCCACUGACUACGCUAUAUGCUCCUUGAUUGGCGGCUUCUUCUUCCUUCGCUUCAUCAACCCCGCGAUUGUCACCCCGCAAGCAUACAUGCUGGUGGAGGGCGUUCCGGCCAAGCAUCCCCGGCGGACAUUGACUUUGAUCGCGAAGAUGUUGCAGAAUCUUGCGAACAAGCCGUCAUACGCGAAGGAGGCGUACAUGAUCACGCUUAACCCGUUCGUGGAGAACAACAAGGCGCGCAUCAACCAGUUCUUGAACAAUCUAUGCGAAGUCGGAGACUUCUACGACACACUAGAGAUGGACCAAUACAUGGCCCUGUCGAAGAAAGAUCUUGUCAUAAAUAUCACGCUCAACGAGCUGUACAACACGCAUUCCUUGAUUCUGCAGCACAUCGAAGCCCUAUCACCAAACGACAAGCAACACCUGCGCAUCCUCACAGACGAGCUCGGGGCCGCCCCGCCCCAAGUUCCUCGAAAGGAGAACCGAGCUAUAGAGUUGCCGCUGUACAGCCGAUGGGAGACGCCGGUGCAGGACAUCCUGUUGGAUUCGGUUUCACCGAGCGACAUGCUCUACAUGGAGGCGAAGUCGAUCUUCGUGCAGUUGAUCCGUUCGAUCCCUGGGUUGGCGGACAAGCGGCCACAUAACUUGGCGGCGAUCGCAGAGCGUGCGGCGACCACGAAGGACGCAACGCUCGUGCGCAAGGGCAUCAAGGUGAAGGAGAUGCUACGGGAGCUCGAGGAGCAGAAGAUCGUCGAGCGCUCGGACGACUACAAGCUCAUGCAAGACGAGGUCGCCGCUGAGCUCGUGCACCUCGGCAACUUGCGCGAGAAGGUGUUGCUCGAGACGAAGAGCCUCGAGGCGGUGUACAAGACGAUCUGCGACCACAACAACUACCUCCGCGGCCAGCUCGAGCAGUACAAGGCGUACCUCCAGAACGUGCGCCUUACCUCUUCGAAGGAGAAGGGCUCCUCAACAGGCGUCGGCGUUGUCACCGUCGGCGGCAAGGAGAAGAAGCAGUCGAAGCCGAUCGUGCACGGCCCGUACCGCUUUACGCACGCGCAGCUCGAGAAGGAGGGCAUCAUCGUCGAGAGCAACGUGCCCGACAACCGGCGACCGAACAUCUAUUUCAACUUCACGUCGCCCACACCCGGCACGUUCAUCAUUGCGCUGCACUACAAGGGCAGGGAGAAGGCGAUCCUCGAGAUGGAUCUCAACAUCGACGAUCUCCUCGAGAAGCAAAAGGACAACAAGCAUUUGCUCGACCUUGAGUACGUGCAGCUGAACGUGCCGAAGGUGCUAGGGCUACUCAACAAGAUCUUCACCAAACGGUGAUCAUCUCGCCUCUGUUCCUUCCCUGUCCCGUUUCCUCCUCUCGUCACGCUGCCCGCCCACGACACACGCCCACGCUCAUUCAACCCCCGCGCUACCCCUCCCCAUCUACACGAUCUCUUCACGCUCGCUUUUCUCCCCCUUUUCCCCGCCUUCUAUUCCCCGCGUCUCCCCUCUUCGCGUCCACAGAAUAUCCGGCGCUGAUCUCUCAUUAUACCUCUGUUCUUGUCGAGCCGUGCGCGCGUUCGGGUUGUACGAGCAUGUCAUUCGUUUAUUGUUUACGUUUUUAUCUCUGUUUUUCUUCUUUUCUUCGUUCUCUUUCUGUCUCCGUCUCUCUGUUCCGUCUCGUCUGUCCGCGUCUUUAUUAUAUCCAACUGUCCGUGUCCACUGUCCCGUUCCCCCUGCCUCUCGUUCGCAGCCUCUCACAGGAUAUGUAUCAGUGGUAUCUCAUGUAUGCACGUCCCUGGACCGUAAUUCGUGUU